AAUUUUAACGCCACCGAGGGCGUAGGGCGUAUGCAAAUGCGAAGAAGUUCCGCCUUUAUGAUUAGGUAUAGGUCACCGCCAUUACUGAUCUUGGGGAUGUUAUCAUCUUCCACUUCAAACCUAAACCCUAAUCCUAAAUUACCUCUCACCAUGAAACCCACCUCUCAAAACCCCCAAGCUUCUCACUUGUUUUCAAAUUCCAAUAGAAUUUCUCAACCCAUGACACUUUCCACCAGAUGCUUCACUGGUUCUUCGGACCCCAUCCCCAUUGUGCCCAAAAUCCAAUCAACGGAUCCAAAACCAGAGUUGGAUGACCCGAAUCUUCUUGUAGUUGUCUCUUUCUACAAGUUUGCGGAUUUCCCCGACCACGCUGAGUUGCGGAAGCCAUUGAAGGAGCUUUGUCAGGAACUGCGUGUGUCAGGUGGUAUCAUUCUGGCACCAGAAGGGAUCAAUGGCAGCAUAUGUGGGACACGAGCGACUGUGGAAAGAGUUCUUGCAUUCAUUCAAAGUGAUAACCGUUUGAAGGGGCUUAGACAAAUUGAGUCUCCUGUCAGUCCUGAGGAGGAGGCUAUACAUCAUGGACACAGCAGCAGUUCUCCUCUUGCAGCUGGGGAAGAUGCUCCCUUUCGGUGGGAUCAUGUGAGGGUCAAGUUGAAGACGGAGAUUGUUACUCUUGGAAUGCCGUCUGUAUCACCUGUAGAGAAGGUCGGGAAGUAUGUGAAGCCUAGAGAGUGGAAUACUUUGAUUAGUGAUCCUGAUACGGUAGUGAUUGAUGUGCGCAAUAACUAUGAAACUAGAAUUGGAAAGUUUAAAGGAGCAGUCGAUCCAUUUACUACAGCAUUUCGUGAGUUUCCAUCUUGGGUGGAUGAUCAGUUCCAACUUGAAGGAACUGGUGGCAAUCAGUCAGAGUUAGAGAUCAAGGAUUCAAAUGAAAUUACCAAAGAAGCGGAGAGUACGAAAAAGAAAUUGCCAAAGCAGGUUGCAAUGUACUGCACAGGAGGAAUUCGAUGUGAGAAGGCUUCCAGUUUUCUCCUAAGCAAAGGUUUUAAAGAGGUGUAUCAUUUGGAAGGAGGGAUUCUGAAAUACCUUGAGGAAGUCCCAAAGACUGAGAGCCUCUGGGAGGGUGAGUGCUUUGUGUUUGACAAACGAGUGUCGGUUGAACAUGGGUUGGAACAAGGAACUUUCAAGCUUUGCUAUGGAUGCAAACAACCAGUUAGCGAUGCCGACAUGGAAGCCCAUGAGUGGGAGUAUGGAGUUACUUGUCCACAUUGUUACUCAUCAAAAUCUGAAGAGGAGAAAGAAAGAGCAAGAGCACGGCAAAGGCAAUUCGAGAAUUGGGGCAUUAUUGGUGGUCCUGACAAGGGUCGACGACCAACAUCAAAGGCUGAUAUUGUGAAUAAGAACUUUUCCCAAAGUUCAGUUUAGCUAGUUGACAGGAUGUAAACCAAAAGAAAAGUUCAAAAUUUUGUUGGAAGAUGAGUUUCUGAAGCCAUUUUCAAAUACUUUUCUUUCAGUGGGUUAAGUGUUUGUGCUAUUUCUCUUUGUUAUUUGAUGAGAGACAAAAUAUGCAGUCACAUUAGAGACUCUUUACCUUUUGUGUUUUUUAUACUGAAUGUCAUUGUCUUUCUGUUUAUCUUCAUGUCGUCACUGAAAACAUUUUCAAACAUUGUAUGCCUUGAAAACUUUGAUUUCUAUUUUUAAUUGAUUACUUCUACACUGUGAAAGUGAAAUUACUAUUUUCCCCACGACACAUUCAUUGUACUCUUAUUGGAAUAAAUAGUUGUUAAAGAAAGAAUUAAUGGCUGGUGAGGAACCGAAUGUAAAUCUCUACCGUUCCUAUGGAAACAAUCUAACGGUGUAAAACGAAUAGGGAUUUUAAUAUAAACUCAAGUUUUUCUGGGUGAUUGACAUUGACAUUAAACAUCUGGAAAUAGAAACAAAGAUUCGGUUCAUUAAAGUCGAUUAGGGUUACCAAAUGGCCGGUGAAUCUACUAUUUUCAAGUUCCUCAAGCCAAGGCUUCGUCCUCAACCCAUAGACAUUCAAUCCGCCGCCUUAUGGGGUGUCGCCGCCACCACUGGCGCUAUCUGGCUCAUCCAGCCAUUUGAUUGGUUGAAGAAGACCUUUUUGGAGAAGCCGACAGAAGGGCAGUAGGGAUAGUACCAUGGUGAAAGUUCUGAUUUCGAGUAAGAGGUUUUUUUUUAUAAGAAAAAGACAUGAAAAGAAUUGAUAUGAAUAAUUUACUCAGCUCAUUUUGUUGAGGUCUUUUGUUAUUAAUUUAUGGGAAUAUUUGAUAAAUUUGGACCCAUAAAUUUGUGUUCUCGAGAAUUUUUUGCAUUAUUCAAAAAGUGGAAGUGGCAAAAUUUUGUUCUGUUUCUGAAAUUUUGCCUGAGUA